GACGGAUAGUGGGGAUAAAACGGCCCUGGAGAGUCUCAGAACCACUGGUCUGCAGAGCGCCAGCUCACGUUGCCUUUUGUACUCUAGUCUCCUGGUGGCACCUCCGCAACAUGAGCCUCAGAGUGGGUUCCCGUGCCGCCCGCCCCGGUCCCGUCCGCGGGCUGCUGCUCCUCCUGGGGCUGCUGCUCCUGCCAGCUGUGGUUGCCGGCGCCAGCGGUGAGAACAGAAGCGGAACAGCAGACCCUGAAGAAGGAGAUGGGGAUCUGCAAUGCGUGUGUAUGAAGACCACCUCCCGAGUCCAUCCCAAGUACAUCGUCAGCCUGGAGAUGAUCCGACCUGGACCCCACUGCCCCACCUUCCAAAUGAUAGCCACGCUGAAGAAGGGAAGAAAAACUUGCCUGGACCCUGACGCCCCCAUUUACAGGAAAAUAAUCAAGAAACUUAUGGAAAGAAAACUAUGAGCUGCCUAAGUCAAUACACUUACUAUAUAAUGUAUGUUCCUUUUUCUUUCCAUUUUCGAUCUAUCUGUGGAAAAAUCUGAUGUUUUAUUAUCCUUCAAAUUCUACAUAAAGAAAAUCAAUCAACUUGUGGUACAUUCAAAACACUUCUUAAUAGAGCAAAGCAUCAUUACUUCAUAUAAGAAAAAAAAUCUCCAGAAUUUUAAGCAAAAAUAUAUUUGGAAGGAAGGCUUAGUUUAAUAAACACUGGUUUUGCUUGGUGUUAUAUGUUGGCUGAGGCAUAUUUGCUUAUUUACACAAUUACAUUAUUUAUGAGCUGCUUAUUUACAUAUUAAUGCUAUAAUUAGUUAUGUCAAUAAAUAUUAAUAACACUGAAGAUUUACUGGACUGCUUUGUAAAAAACAUUAAAUAAAUCAGACUCUGUUUUUCUCUCCUUAAGAUUUAUACUGUAUCUCUA